AAGUCCGUCUCCUUAGCUAUGCGCUAAAUUGCUCACAGAUCCAUUCCAAGCCACCUCCAUAACUCCACUCCAGUCUCCUCCACCAUCUAUAACACGGGGCAGAAGUUAAUCUAAAGUUUGUGAUCGGAAGACGCCGGCCUUCAUGACGGCGGAUAUUGCGAACAGGGUUUCAGCGCCCCUCGCCGCCUAUCCCAACGGCCAUGCGAAACCUGCAAACCCUAACUCAGCUCCUGCCUCUAAGAAAUCUAAAGAAAACGACCGUCGCCGAAGGAGGAGAAAGCAGAAGAAGAAUAGUAAGGCGUCCUCGGACGCUAAUGGAGGAGAUAAGGGUGCUGCUGUCCAACCCGAUGUGAAUAACUCCAAGGAAAAUGCCUCCCCUCCGAAGUUGUCACUGCAGUCUUUGGAACAUGUUGAAGUGGAGUAUGUUCCUGAAAAAGCAGAACUGGAUGGUUCUUUUGAUGAAGAAUUUCGAAGGGUUUUUGAAAAGUUCAGUUUUUCUGAAGCUGUUCCUGAGGAGGAUGAUAAAAAGGACGAACCUGUCACCGAUGCUGGUUCAAAGAAAAAGGCUGAUUCAGACUCUGAUGAGGAAGAGCAGGAUAUUCAACAAAAAGAAAAGGGUGGCAUAUCAAACAAAAAGAAAAAAGCUUCAGCGUAGGAUGAAGAUUGCUGAACUGAAACAGAUAUCUUUUAAGCCUGAUGUGGUUGAGGUCUGGGAUGCCACUGCUUCAGAUCCUAAACUGUUGGUAUUUUUGAAAUCAUAUCGAAACACUGUUCCUGUUCCAAGACAUUGGUGUCAGAAACGCAAAUUUUUGCAGGGGAAGCGUGGUAUAGAGAAACAGCCCUUUCAAUUGCCCGACUUCAUUGCUGCUACAGGAAUCGAGAAAAUCAGACAAUCUUACAAUGAAAAGGAAGAUAAUAAGAAGCUUAAACAAAAGCAACGGGAGAGGAUGCAGCCAAAAAUGGGAAAAAUGGAUAUUGAUUAUCAGGUCCUCCAUGAUGCCUUUUUCAAGUAUCAAACUAAACCCAAGCUGACAUCACAUGGUGAUCUUUAUUAUGAAGGGAAGGAGUUUGAGGUGAAGCUGAGGGAAAUGAAACCUGGAACAUUGUCUCAUGAGCUAAAGGAAGCACUUGGUAUGCCUGAAGGUUCUCCUCCUCCGUGGCUCAUUAAUAUGCAGAGAUAUGGUCCACCGCCUUCCUAUCCUCAUCUAAAGAUUCCUGGAUUAAAUGCUCCCAUCCCACCAGGAGCUAAGUUCGGUUAUCAUCCUGGAGGCUGGGGUAAACCACCUGUUGAUGAGUUUGGCCGCCCUCUGUACGGUGAUGUGUUUGGUGUUUUGCAACAAGAGCAGCCUACUUAUGAGGAUGAACCUGUUGAUAAGAGUAAGCAUUGGGGUGACUUGGAAGAAGAGGAAGAAGAGGAGGAGGAAGAGGAACUAGAAGAAGAGGUGGAGGAAGAAGAGCUAGAAGAUGGCAUCCAAUCAGUUGAUAGUCUUUCAAGCACUCCUACGGGAGUUGAGACACCUGAUGUUAUUGAUCUCCGCAAGCAGCAAAGGAAGGAGCCUGAUAAGCCUCUCUACCAGGUCCUUGAAGAAAAAGAGGAAAAGAUUGCUCCAGGAACUUUACUUGGAACAACUCACACGUAUGUGAUUAGCACCGGUGCACAAGAUAAAGCUGGAGCAAAAAGGGUUGAUCUACUUAGAGGUCAGAAAUCAGACAAGGUGGAUGUGACAUUAGCUCCAGAGGAGCUGGAAUUGAUGGAUAAUGUGUUGCCGGCCAAGUAUGAGGAAGCUAGGGAAGAAGAGAAGCUGCGUAACCAGCGUGAGGAUUUCAGUGACAUGGUUGCAGAGAAUGAGAAGAAAAGGAAAAGAAAGAUGCAGGAAAAAGAAAGCAAGUCAAAGAAAAAGGAUUUCAAGUUUUAGUGAGGUUAUGUUUUUCCUUUUGGUUGUUUGUAGUACUAAUGUACUGUUAUAUAGUAAAAGAUAUGGCAAGUACUUUGCCCUUCGUGUCGAAAUUUUAUAAUUUGGAUACGAGCAAAACUCUUCGCCCAUGUAUUCUCCUCGAGACAAAACAAAAUGAUGGGCAUGCUACCAUUUUAAUGCACUGAUUUUUUGUAAGUGUACAAGAGUAUUUGAUUAAUCACUUGAUGAAAUUAUUGACAUUUGUUUGCUAGUAUUAGUAUUAUUAUUGUUGUCAC